ACGUAUUGGGUGCUACAUGCCGAUGGUUUGAGGUUUUCAAACUACAUAGCUAUCGUGUUUCCAAUAUGCCUAAAUUGCGUCCACUAAACAACUCUAGAUUCCUUGUUUGAAAAUCCAGGGUGUUUCAAGUGCAUCGUACAUUAUAAUGGCUUCGGAAUUGGAACUCUCCUCGAGCUUUAUUCCAGCAUUGUACAAGCCUGCGGCUUUAUUGCCUAUCGCACAGCAUAGAAAAAAUUUGCUCUAUCUAGUGGAAACAUACCCUGUCACUAUAGUGGUUGGCCAAACCGGCAGUGGAAAAACGACGCAACUUCCGCAGUAUUUGGAUCAGGCAGGAUGGUGUGGGGAUGGAAAAACCAUAGCAGUUACGCAGCCGCGACGGGUAGCUGCUACAACUGUUGCUACAAGAGUAGCUGAAGAGAUGCGCUGCAAACUCGGCGAAGAAGUGGGCUACUCGAUUCGCUUUGAGGAUCUUACAUCUGCUUCAACAAGGAUAAAGUUCCUCACAGAUGGAAUGCUGCUUAGAGAGGCGCUUGUAGACCCUCUUUUAUCUCGGUAUUCAGUAAUUAUGGUUGAUGAGGCACAUGAGCGAUCUCUCAGUACAGAUGUGUUAUUGGGAAUUUUGAAGAAAAUCGGGAAGAGACGCCCCGAGCUUAGAAUUGUGGUCAGUAGUGCAACCUUGCAAGCUGAAGAUUUCCUCCGCUUCUUUGCGGGUGAUGGUUUUCAAAGUGGUGCAGAGACCGGUGAGAUGGGAGGAAGUGUUGGAAGAAUAAUUAGCUUGGAAGGGCGAAUGUACCCGGUUGAUAUGCUUUUUCUCGACUCACCUGCUGAAGAUUACGUCGAUCGAUCCGUUAAGACGGUGUUUGACAUACACCUGCAAGAAGCUGAUGGUGAUAUUCUCGUGUUUCUAACUGGCCGAGAUGAGAUUGACACGGCAAUUCAAUUGAUAUCUGAGCGGGCUGCAUCCCUACACCCGAAGGCACAAUCAUUACUCCCAUUACCUCUCUAUGCCGGUCUCACAACAGACCAGCAGAUGUACGUUUUUGAGCCUGCGCCAGAGAACACUCGCAAGGUUAUUGUGUCGACAAACAUUGCAGAAGCCUCUGUUACCAUUGACGGAGUCGUGUAUGUGGUCGACUGUGGGUUUGCAAAACUUAGGGCAUAUAACCCGAGUACUGGUGUUGAAACACUGACAGCGGUGCCGAUAUCAAAGGCAGCCGCUGUUCAGCGGGCAGGACGAGCCGGAAGAACGAAGCCUGGGAAAUGUUUCCGUCUCUAUACACAGCAGGCUUAUGAAUCGCUUCCAGAUGCCACGGUUCCAGAAAUCCAGAGGUCAAAUUUGGCACCUGUGGUGAUGCAGCUGAAGGCACUGGGUAUAGACAACAUAGUACGGUUCGAUUUCUUAACACCACCACCUGCAGAUCUUGUGAUUCGCGCAUUUGAGCUAUUAUACUCGCUCGGUGCUGUUGAUGACUAUGCGAAACUUACCAAGCCUCUGGGAAUGCGAAUGGCGGAACUCGCAGUGGAUCCUAUGAUGGGCAAAGUUCUUCUCACCGCGCAGUCUUUUGGCUGCUUAAGCGAAGUCCUUUCGAUUGCCGCCAUGGUCAGCCUUCAGGGGGUUGUGUGGGUUCAGCAUGAGGGGGACAAAAAAUCAUCAGAGAGUACACGCAGGAGAUUCGCUGUGGAAGAGGGUGACCAUCUCACAUAUCUCAACGUAUAUCAAGCGUUUGUCACGAAGGGCAAAAGGGACUCUAAGUGGUGCCGCGACAAUCUCUUGAAUUACCGAUCUCUACAACGUGCCGUGAGCAUUAGAGCCCAGCUCAAGCGUUACCUUGAACGCUUCGGCAUCCAAGUCGAUGAAACUUUGUCCGCGAGCCAACGAAAAGCAGACCCAAGCAGAAAACCUGAACAAAUCCAGCGAUGUCUCACUACGGGGUAUUUUGCGCAUGCUGCGAAGAUGCAACCAGAUGGAACUUUCAAAACAGUGAGCGGGGGCUUUACGCUGCAUGCUCAUCCCAGCUCAUUGAUGUUUAAUCGAAAAGCCGAUUGGGUCAUAUUCCACGAAAUAUUGCAAACAGGCGACAAAACAUUCAUUCGAGAUGUCACGAAAAUUGAAAAGGGCUACCUUCUUGAGUAUGCUCCUGAAUUCUAUAAAGUGAAUUGAUUUGGUGCUCUAGCAGUCGAUCUAUAGAAAUUGACCCAAGUGCUUGACUCCUGUCCGGGCUUCGAAUCUGACACUUCAGUUGUACAUCUCUAUAUAUGAUCCACUGUCUCAAAUAAAUCGUGGCAUAACUUGAAUGGCCGUUUUAUUGGAGGCGAAAUACCUUUGGAAGCUAUACCUGCAAACCCUUUCUAAAGAGAAGAUUUAAAUAUACACACAUAAUACUAUAGCAAGAAAGAACAACAAAUUUUCUCCAUUGAA